CGUGAUUACGUAAUAUGUGGACGACCCCCAACAAGUCCUCCAUGGCGCGCGCCGUACGCAGGGUCAAGCGGUCAUCACUGCCAGAGGACCCCAAGGACAUCGAUGACCUGGUCGAGAUCGCCGAGAAGUACCAGAGGGUGGAUGGCCAGAGGUGGCUGCUUUUCUUCGAUCGUGACGCUGAGGACAAGAUGAUCGUGCUUGCUACGAACCGCCAUUUGCGGUACUUGGCUAAGGCUAAGUACUGGAUAAUGGACGGAACAUUCAAGUCUGCGCCCAGUGUGUUCUACCAACUUUACACCAUACACGGCCAGGUUCACGGGCAGUGGUUCCCCUUGGUCAUGGUUCUCAUGACCAAGAAGACGAAGGAGUUGUAUAUAGAGAUUCUGGAACUUCUCAAACAUGAAGUAAGUGUCCGUCUCCACAAGAGGCUGGCUCCUGAGUAUGUCUCGACAGAUUAUGAAGAGGCCGUCAUCAGAGCGGUGAUGGCCGUUUUUCCUGACGCGGACAUCGCUCGCUGCCUUUUCCACCUGGGGCAGUCGUAUUGGAGGAGACUCCAAAACGAAGGGCUUGCAGUGGAGUACCGCCAAGAGGCCAACGAGGACAUGCGCACCUCGUUCCACUCUCUGAUAGCCGUCGCCUUCUGCCACCUGGACGACGUGAAGAAUGUUUUCGAUGAGCUACGCAGGGAGGCGCCGGCUGCACUUCGCCCAGUAUUCAAGUAUGUGGACGAGAAGUACAUCCGUGGUUGCAGGCGGAGACACGGCCGCCGGACUCCGGUGUUCCCCCCGGAGUGGUGGAACUGUCACGAGAGAGCCCUGGGUGACCUGCCGAGGACAACAAACAGCGUCGAGGCGUGGCAUCGCAGGCUGAACACCAUCAUGGGCAAGGCGCACCCCACCCUCUACUUUGCCCUUGACCAGCUGCAGUCAGAGGUCAUGGAGGUGGAGUGGGACAUUGAGCGGCUGGGCAGCGGACGGUCGCCUGAAAAGAAGAAGCGCAACCAGUACGUGCUGAUGGACGCCCGCAUCAGCCGUGUCAUGGAGCGCUACGACCAAUACAAGGAGGACGGAGAAAUGCUGGAGUUCCUGAAGGCCGUCGGCCACAACAUCGCCGGAAACCUGUGAUGGAGCGCAACCCUGAACUUGAACCCUGAACCCUGAAUUUGAAUAAAUAUUUGCUUUUUCGAUUUUUUUUAUUGUGGUCAGUUUUUAGGGGUCAGAGUGUGGCCAGUAUGUAUGUGGGGUCAGAGUGCGAAGUGGUCACUUGUCAGUGGUGAGUGGGGGACGUGGUCAGUGAGAGUGUGGUCGGCUGUCGGGUGAUUCCGUGCGUAGGGGGUCAUUUCAGGUCACCGGGGCCUUGAGCCUGAACUGAGGGUGAUUUGGUAGCUUCGGCAAUUCAAAUUUGUUUUACUAAACGAUGACCAUGUCCUCAUGUGGAUAAGUCAAUCUAACUUUUGAUUUUCUAGGUUUUGUAAGCUGCUAAAGUGUCGUUUUGUAAGUUCCGUCAUGGUCACCG